AUGUCCGAUAAUGAAUAUGAAGACACAGAAAGAACGCCAAUUCAACGGAAAACUUCUAGUUAUUCAUCAAAGGUACGUGUAAUAUAAUUUUUUUAUUCUUUGUUCUCUAGGUAGUCGCAGUUUUGGACGAAAUCGGGCAAUCAGAGUUUUAUCAGCCAGAUUUGGAUAUGACGUCAGUGAUAAAUCGACUAUUUCCGACUGAACAGAGCUUAUCAUCGUUGGAUUCGGUUGUUCAGAGGAUCGAUGAUGAAGUUAAUGAUUUGGAUAAUGAAUUAGCAGACUUGGUGGAGAUGCAUGGACAAGUAACAGACGAUGGGAUGGCAGCUCUAGCAAAAGUGAGGAUUUGACUUUAUUUUGUUUGCGUUUAGUCAAACUUUUGAUCGAGUUUUACAUUAGAAUGGUGUGUUAUACAAAGAUUUGCUCAGUUGACGCCACUUUUUACGAUCAAUUGAUAAAUUAUAGUUGGUUCACCUAAUAAAAAAUGUAAUUUCAGGCGAAUGCGGCUAUGAAAGAUUUAGAACGACGGGUAGCACAGAUCCGAAGCAAAACUCAACUCUCUGAAUCAUCAGUUUUGGAUAUGACUCGAGAUAUAAAUCAACUUGAUGUAGCGAAGAAGAAUCUAACCUCAUCUAUAACCUGCCUACACCACUUGCACUUACUUCUCACCGGUGUCAACUCAAUCAGUAAGUCGCUUUUUUUAAACAUUUAUCUUUGAAAUUUAGCCCAAUGGAUGGUGACAAAACGGUAUGGUGAUAUCUCCACCGAACUCCCAGCUGUCCUAAACGUUCUUCAGCUAUUUGAGGAUUAUAUGAGGGUUCCUCAAGUACGAAAUCUGACCGAUCGAUUGCACACCUUGAAGGAAAAAUUGAGCAUUCAAGUUGCCGCGGAUCUGCAGACCGCUUUUCAGGUAAAAUGGGAAUAUCUUUUUAUAGGAUAAAGCAUUAUUUCUCAUUUUAAUACUGUUUGAGAGUUGCAGAGAUCGGCUUUUUUAUGAUAUAUUAAUCAUAAAAAAAAUAUAUUCAGGCCGGCCAGAUCAACACAAAAACCGCGGACAUGUGCAAGGUCGUUGCCAUUCUCGGUGGGAAAGUUGAAGACGAUUUUCGCAGCUGGUUUAUCUCCUCGAGACUCGCUGAAUACAAGGUUCUCUACUCGGACAAUGAAGAUGUUGCGUGGAUAGACAAAAUCGACCAGCGUUAUCGGUGGUUUGUCUCAAAAUUAGCCGAAUUUGAGCGAACCGGGAUGUCCAAGAUUUUCCCGCCGAACUGGGAAAUGGGCCGAAGGCUGGCCUUCGAAUUUUGCGAAAUGACACGAAUACAAUUGGAUCGAAUGAUGACCAGAAGAAAGCUGGAGAUCGAGUGGAAAUUACUGGCACAUGCGAUCAAUCACACGAUCAUGUUUGAGAAUUUAUUAUGCAAAAGAUUUCCGGCGAAGGAUCAAUUUAAUUUUGAGAAAAUUAUUUGGAAAUGCUUUGACAAUUUUAUGGAUGUAUUCGUCGCAGCUCAAUCCAAAAGUCUCAGCCAAUUCCUGGAAGAUUGCGCAACAAAAAUUCGAAGUGGGGAAGAGAAGCCGGUCAAGGAAGCAGUUGUCAGCGCUCACCCAUUGCCGUCAAGUGCCGACCUGUUUUUAUUACUGAAGAAAAUUAUCACAGAGUCAAGCAAAUUGAGCGCAGACCCGAAUAAUUUGCUCUUGUGAGUUUUUUCUCUUUGUUUGAUUGGGUAUUAGGCCACAUUGAGACGAUUUUAGACAUCAAAUGUCAAGUGUAAUAUAUUUUUUUUCAGAAAAUUGGUGGAAGUCUUCAAACAAUGUCUUCGUGGCUACGCUCAUGGAUGUUUGACAGCAUUUAUGCCGUCGAUAACUGCCACGUCGUCGAAUAGCAUUCUUCAGAAUCUUAUCCGAGAAGAAACAGCUGUCCGAUUGACUCCGGACCAACAAUUCUUUUGUUGUUGUAUAUUGGCAACGGCGGAUUGGUGCGCAGAGACCACGAAUCAACUCCAGGAAAAGUUACAGCAACGAAUUUCGGUAAUAAUUUUAGAUCUUACACAAAAUUGUCAAAUUUAUUACCUAAAAUAAUAUAAUUUUCAUUUCAGACGGUCGAUUUUGGCCAAGAAAUGGAGUUGUUCUAUUCUAUAUCGAAUAAUGCGCUGCAGAGUCUAGUCGCGGAUUGUGAGAUAUCGUGUGAUGCAGCACUACAAGCUAUGACUAAGAUAAAGUAAGUUAAUUUUUGAUGUUUUUGUUAGAAUCUUCGAUGAAUUUGGGCAUAAAAUGAAAUUUUUUCAGCUGGAAUAAUGUGGAGUCCGUGGGAGACGAAAGCGCAUACAUAUCAGCGAUUAGAAAGCAUCUGAGAUCAUCAGUUCCACUGAUUCGAGAUUAUUUUGCUGAUCGACGAAAAUAUUUUGCCCAUUUCUGCCUUAAAUUGGCUACUCAAUUGGUCAACAAGUACAUGGGCGCAAUCUUCAGAUGCAAGCCGUUGUCGGUCAUGGGUGCGGAACAACUUUUGUUGGACACUCAUGCAUUGAAGACGUUCCUUUUGGGCCUCCCGUCAGUUGGAUCCUCGAUUAUUGUGAAGCCGCCGACCCCAUUCACGACGGCUGUCAACGACGGCAUGACGAAGGCUGAGAUGGUCCUAAAGGUGGUGAUGUCCGACAUCACAAAACCCGACGAUUUCAUCAUGAAUUACGCAAGAAUGCUCCCGAGAUCCGAUGCAAAUGAACUACAGAAAAUAUUGGAAAUGAAAUCGCUGAAAAGAUAUGAAGUCACGAAUAUUGUACAGCUCUAUAGGACGAAGAUUGAAGGGUACACUCCCACGACAACUUCUGCGACAGCCUCAAUGCCUUCAGCUUUCUCGGCGUUCGCUUCUUUAGCUUCGGAUAAUUUCACGGACUCAAGCAUGAGACGACUGGAAAAAUUGGUCAAAAAGUUGUGA